GCGCAGCCUCCCGACGGCAUCCGCAUCCGUCGCCACGGUAACGCUCCACGCGACGCCCCUCGCUCUAUUCUCUAUUCUGCUGUGCUGUCUCAGUCGCGCUCCGUUGCUCUAAAUGCACGCGUCGCGUCGCCCGUACGCUCAAUCUGUCUCUUCAGCCUGUCCGAGGCGCUCUCCGUAGUUUCUGUCGUAGUGUGCUUUGACUCAUCUAUAAUACUAUACUCCUUCCACUUUGAAACAAACGAAUACAGGGUCCUUCGUAAACGACUGAUUAACUUUUGACAAUAAUAUUCGUAUACAUUUAGAAUUCUGGUCUCGAGAAAUAUUUUCAUUAGAUGAAGUCUUCUAGAUAAGAUACUCCACGGAUCGAGGCAUGCUCUGUAAUUGAUCAUUAUCAUUUUAAACUUACAGAGCUUGGAACGUAUACCAACUGUACGACUCUUGAAACACUUCAAUCAGGAGUGAUAAUAAAAUCUACCAGAUAUUUUGAAACCUCAAAGACUUGAAAAUAUAUAGCGAUCGAAUCAUUUCCCACACUAGUAUACAACUGAAAAACGAACGAAAUAGUGUGCUCGCGCGGUUGUGAAUCCUUUGUGAUGAGCUAUCGGUGGUUGUGAUCAUUCUCGAUUACCUCAAGACUUCGACUUUGAAUAUAUAGCAAAUGAACCAUUACUCACAAUAGUAUCAAACUCAAAACGGACGACCGGGGUGCUCACGUGGUUGUGACCCUUUGUGAUGAGCUAUCGGUGAUUGUGAUCGGUCGUUAUGCGUGGCACGGUGGCAAGCAUCUUCGAGGAGUGUGAAAGGUGCUGCAGAGAAUGGAAUUGCAGUGCGUGGUGGUGUAUACGAUCAUACGAAUACCGGAACCUCCAAGGAGGAGAUCCGCCUCCUCAGGAAGACUUCGCCGUGGAGGGUCCAUUGAGGAGGAAGACGGAUGCCUUGGCUGGAUCAGCACUCAGAUCAAGAGAGCGGUAGCGGCUUAUUUACGUGCCCUGAACCUAUCCCCCAACAAUGCUGUGGUUCAUGGCAAUCUGGCAUGUGUCUACUACGAGCAGGGACUCAUCGACCUCGCUAUCGACACCUACCGGAGGGCUAUCGAACUACAGCCAAACUUCCCGGACGCCUACUGCAAUCUGGCUAACGCCCUCAAGGAAAAGGGCCAAGUAUCGGAAGCCGAAGAGUGCUACAACACUGCCCUACGUUUAUGUCCCUCACACGCCGAUUCGCUCAACAAUCUGGCCAACAUCAAACGCGAACAGGGCUACAUCGAGGAAGCGACAAGAUUGUACCUCAAAGCGUUGGAGGUGUUUCCGGAGUUUGCAGCCGCGCACAGCAAUCUGGCAUCGGUGCUUCAGCAACAGGGCAAACUGAAUGAAGCACUCAUGCAUUACAAGGAAGCAAUCAGGAUCCAGCCGACGUUUGCCGACGCUUAUUCUAAUAUGGGCAACACGUUGAAGGAAAUGCAAGACGUUGCGGGGGCUUUGCAAUGCUACACCCGCGCGAUUCAGAUCAACCCCGCUUUUGCGGAUGCGCACAGUAAUUUGGCUAGCAUCCACAAGGAUUCAGGGAAUAUUCCCGAAGCUAUACAGUCCUACAGGACCGCCCUGAAACUGAAGCCUGAUUUUCCCGACGCCUACUGUAACCUAGCCCACUGCCUUCAAAUCGUCUGCGAUUGGACAGACUACGAUGCGCGCAUGAAGAAACUGGUCAGCAUCGUAGCUGACCAGUUGGAGAAGAACAGAUUGCCUUCAGUUCAUCCCCACCACUCGAUGCUCUAUCCCCUCUCCCACGAGUUCAGGAAGGCGAUUGCAGCGAGGCAUGCCAACCUGUGUCUUGAGAAGAUCAACGUGUUGCAUAAGUUUCCGUACAAGUUUAGCGUCGAGUUGAAGGGACGGCUGAGGAUUGGAUAUGUCAGCAGCGAUUUUGGUAAUCAUCCCACGUCUCAUCUAAUGCAAUCAGUACCCGGUCUGCACGAUCGCAGCAAAGUUGAGGUCUUCUGCUACGCUUUGAGUCAAGAUGACGGUACUACUUUCCGAGCAAAGAUCUCUAAGGAAGCAGAGCAUUUCGUCGAUCUGUCAACGGUAGCGUGCAACGGCAAAGCUGCUGAUAGGAUUUAUGCGGAUGGAAUACACAUCUUGGUUAACAUGAAUGGGUAUACCAAGGGAGCUAGGAAUGAGAUAUUUGCGCUUAGGCCAGCGCCUGUACAGGUGAUGUGGUUGGGUUAUCCAGGCACGAGCGGCGCAAGCUUCAUGGAAUACUUGAUUACAGAUGCGGUUACAUCGCCAAUCGAGGUUGCCAGCCAAUACAGCGAGAAACUGGCGUACAUGCCAUAUACGUACUUCUGCGGGGACCAUCGUCAGAUGUUCCCUCAUCUGAAAGAACGCCUGAUCGUCAGUGAUAAGAACGGGCUGAACGUAGCAGACAACGUUGCCAUUAUCAACGCGACUGACUUAUCGCCUCUGGUGGAGAAUACAGAUGUGAAGGAGAUUAAAGAAGUGAUAAAGGCGGCCGCAAAGCCUGUGGAAGUGAGCCUUAAAGUUGCCGAGUUGCCUACCACCACGCCAAUCGAGAACAUGAUAGCUUCCGGCCAAGUCCAAACUUCCUUGAACGGCGUGCUGGUCCAAAACGGACUUGCCACAACACAAACCAACAACAAAGCUGCUACAGGGGAAGAAGUGCCUCAGAACAUUGUCAUCACCACUAGGCAACAGUACAACCUACCCGACGAUGCCGUGGUGUACUGCAACUUUAACCAGUUAUAUAAGAUCGAUCCUAUGACGCUGCAUAUGUGGGUGAACAUUCUCAAGGCCGUUCCAAACGCCGUCCUAUGGCUCCUCCGCUUCCCCGCGGUCGGCGAGCCUAACCUCUUGGCCACAGCCCAGCAACUUGGCCUACCGCCAGGCCGUAUAGUCUUCAGCAACGUCGCGGCCAAGGAGGAGCAUGUCCGAAGAGGCCAAUUAGCCGACGUGUGCCUGGACACUCCGCUUUGCAACGGUCAUACAACCAGCAUGGACGUGCUGUGGACCGGAACGCCUGUGGUCACGUUGCCUGGAGAGACGUUGGCCUCCAGAGUGGCCGCCAGCCAGUUGCAUGCGCUAGGGUGUCCGGACUUGGUGGCGAAUAGCAGGCAGGAGUACCAGGAUAUUGCUAUACGCUUGGGGACGGAUAGGGAAUACCUGAAAGCAAUGAGGCACAAAGUGUGGAUGGCCCGCACCACAUCUCCACUCUUCGACUGCAAACAGUACGCUCAAGGUCUUGAGUUGCUCUACUUCAAGAUGUGGGAUCGAUUCGCAGCCGGUUUGAAACCUGACCAUAUCACAGACACCACAGCUAAGAAAACCCAACAGCAACAGUAGAACUGAGAUCGACAACAACCAAAGCAGUGUUAAAGGUACUUCUCCACUGUGCAACAUGUUGCGCGCAUACCAGAAAGGUCAGUGGGUAAUUUUGGCGUUUUUUAAACAUAUGCAAGAAUGUCGAGAUAUUGUACCGAAAAGUUCGAUGAAAAAUUAAGUUUAUUCCUUUUUUUUUUAAUGUUCUGAAAGUUAAUGUAUUUACCAUUGACCCGAAGAUAGAAAAGAAUGAGCCCAAAAAUUGAUCUGAAAUAUGGUAGCGCCAUCUAUGAGACAGUAACAGAAAAAAAAAUAUUCAAAAAUCGACUUUGAAAAUAUUUAAAAUGUUUGGUUUUGUAACUGUCAGAUAGUUGGCGCUGGGAUCUUCGAUUCAUUUUUGCCUUCUCUCUGAUGUCUAUUUUAAUCGAGUGGAAUAAGUUAAUCAUUGUCUGAAGAUACCUGAUUAAAAUAUGUAUUAGCCAGGCCAAAAAGGGAUUAAAGCUCCUAGCGCCAUCUAUGAGAUAGUAACAGGAUAAAACACCUUACCUAUUUUCAAAGUGAAUGUCUAAAUUCAUUUUUGUGCUCUACUAAUAGUGAAAAACCUAUAUCCACGGUGAUCUAAAUAAGCAGCUCCAUUAGUUACGGAGAAUAGGAAAAAGCUUAUUCGUAAGGUUAUGUUUUCCUUAUACAGUCCUGUUAUCCGAAUUCGUAUUAGCUUAGUUAGUAACCUGUCAAGAUUGUCAAUAGUCAGUGUUGUCAAACUGUCACGGUUCACUUUAGUGGUCUAAUAAACUUCCUUUUCCGACCUUCGUUAUUUGCUAUUUCUGUCAACAAUAACGUAACGGACAGCUUGACAAUUGGUUAUUUUUGUUGUAGUAAAAACUCUAUAGGCUCAUAAGUGGCGCUGAUAUCUUUCAGAUCCUUUUUUGGACGCCAUAAUACAGCAUAUGGUUGGUUCAGGUGAUUAUGAGUCACAUUGCCCCUUGAGGGCCGAGUGCUGUUUGAGGGCUGGUCUACCCUUGGAAUCAGUGCAGCAAUAACGCUUCCUUGAAGGAUGUACAAGGGAGAAUUUGACAUUUGCAUUUCACAGUAGGCUGUAAUAUAUGUCAUCACGUCAUCGAUUGGGACGAUCUGAUUUAUUUUUUUGCUAAAUAUUACUAAAUAGUGCAAAAUGGUAAUAUAUUUGCUUUCUCGAAAAUCGGUACUAAUAAACUGUACGUAUAGGUAACCAGUAUUACACCGAACUCUUCUUUUUCUAGACACUGGCAGGGGUAUUGUGAGAAAAUCCAUAAAACGUAAAAAAAAUCGUUAUAAUGUAAACUUGUGUAAAAACGUUCGAUGUUAAUACAAGCAAACAACUAAAAAAAAAAAACAAAGCUAAAUAAGGUAGAACGACUGCGCUAUUUACAGCAUACAAUUAAGGCUUUGUGAAAAGUUUGGUAUCAAUAAUCCAUCCUAUGAACCCUUUUCAUAAGAAAUAGACAGCUUAGUCAAUUAAUGGAGAAUAUGGUUAUUUCUCUGGCUGUCACAAAAUCAUUGUACGUAUCUUUGUUUGAUGUUCUCCCACAUUUUUUUCAGUUGUUCACUUGUUCUUUUGGGUGAAUCCUUAAAGGUUUUUGUAAUUCUGUCUCAGGUAUCUAAAUUUGCCCAGUAUCUUGGUCAGAUGCAUUUUCUUUGCUUCGUUAAAUUUUCUUUUUAGAUUUGGUGUUACUCGUUAUGAAAUGAUUAUGAAAAAUUUGAUAUGAUUGAAAUACUGUACCAAGUAGUGUAGCUAAAAAUCUGUGGUAGGCUGUAAUCUGAAUCUGACAAUCGUGAUUUACAAUCUACAACUAGCACAAAUUUGGUGUAUUUGCCUAUACGCACAGUUUACUGGUUCCGACUCCGCCAUAAAUUCAAGAAAGCAAUUGCAUUACUAUUUAGCAUUUUUUAGCAAGAUUUAGCACAAAAAUAAUACUUUCCAUAUCAAUAUUAUCAUCAAAAUGCUAAAUAGAUACGCCUAGUAAAAACAAUACUUUCUGACAUCAGAGAAAAAUAAGCCAAGUGUAUGUACUGCAAUAUGUGCUGUAAGGUGUUGUUAGCAGUGGAAACGUACAUUUAUGGUGCAGUGUGAAGCAGUAUUCGUUAUUUAUAUUCGCAUUCAUAUAACUCUGCUUCAGUUAAGAAUGUUGUUGAGAAAAGUCUGAUACAGAUUUGGACCUGAGAACUACUCGUACUUGACUAUAUUGUGUUUCGCAUACUUGAAAUGUUGUCUUGAUGGUACUAGAUCACACCACAUAUUCUUAGUAUUUUUGAGACAACCUUUUUUGGAUCGAUCUUUUAUUUAUAUAUUUUGGUUUUUGAAAUAGUUCAAGUGUAUAUAUUUGACAUCGAUCAAAUUCUUGUGAAUCAGAAUUUGACAAUUGUUUCGCAUUUUUAGGCGCAUAUCGUAUAACCACAUUAUUGCUGAUAUGAUGAAACUCCAGUGAUAGUUAUUCUAUAAAAAUGUAUGUGGGGUUGAAGUAGAUUGAUAUAGUUUCUAAAAUGCAGCAAUAAUGUAUGAUGUAAUUUUGUAAAGUCAAGUGUUUGGGAAUUCUAGUUAUUGUUUGAUAUGACGCUGAAAGCUAUGAAUAUCAUCUUAAGACAUAUGUUAAUUGUCAAUUUAUGAUAUUUCAGCUAAUUUAUCACUUAUAUGAUUAGAAUAAACACUGAUUUUGUGUAGAUUUUGUUGAUUUACAAGUCUGUACGAGUCCAAAGAAGUGACUUUUUUUACUCAUGAUGAGAGUUCAAAUUGAACUCGGUAUAUAUAGAUCACAUAUAUAAAUAAUUUGACAAAUUGUGUAUAUUUUUUUAGAUUAAGGUAUGUAAAAAUGUGAUGAGAGGUUAUGCGAGUUAAGAUUUUGAAUGUGAUUUACAUUUGCUAUUUUAUGCGCUAGUUUAUAUAUAUAUAUAUUAAGUUAUGGAUAGUAAAAUGGAUAUGAUUCCGUCAAAAUGCGUAUUAUUUUUCGUACCAACCCAAAACCCUAAACGCCAUUUUUACACUUCCUUAAUGCGAGGACGACUUGUUUGCUUUGACAGUUUUGAUAGAUGCAAGUGACAUAGGAUUGUCAA